AUUCAAUAAACAGAUUAGUGUAUUCCCUUCAAAAGAAUUCUAUGAAGGCAUCCUAGAAGACGGGGAAGGGCUCAACAAAAAACGUCCAUGGCAUUCCUACAGCUGCUUCGGACCAUUUUGCUUCUUUGAUGUUGAUGGGGUUGAAUCUCAGCUGUCUGGAAGUGGUUCGACGGUGAACGAGGAUGAAGUGGAAUUCAUAACCCUCCUAUAUCACCAAUUGGCCAUGCGCUAUCCAGAACUCAAAUCUAGUUCUCAAGUAGCUGUUAUAUCACCAUACAGGGGUCAGGUGAAACUCCUGAAGGACCAUUUCCGGUCGACCUUUGGCGACCAAUCAAAGGAAGUUAUAGAUGUAAACAGCGUUGAUGGAUUCCAGGGCCGUGAAAAGGAACUUGUCAUUUUCUCAUGUGUUCGAUGCAAUAAGGAGCAAAAUAUUGGGUUUGUUUCUGAUUUUCGGCGAAUGAAUGUUGCCAUCACCAGAGCUAGAUCUGCUGUACUAGUAAUAGGUUCCGUUUCAACAUUGAAGAAAGAUAAACACUGGACCAACCUUGUUGAGAGUGCCAAAGAGCGAAACCGUUAUUUCAAGGUGCCAAAGACAUUCACUGCGUUCUUCACCGAGGAUAGUUUCAAAUCCAUGAAGGUGGAAAGACCUGUUCUAGACGCGAAGAUAUCACAAGCAGUAGAAGCCAUCAAUGAAGUGGUUGCAAGGCCAGAAGUGAUGGACGCAGACGAUGCCGGGGACCAUCAAGCGGAUGGAGAUGAUUAUGACGCCAUGGAGGCUGACGAUGGAGGAGGUGGUGAUGAUUAA